CGUCACAUGCUAUCUCGCGCUAGUGCAUCGUACACGGUGGAGCGACAGUAGUACGUUUUUUUUCUCACAGUCAUCUCACAAUGACGACUAUAACGAGAUUAGCAAAAAUGAAUUUUAUUAGCACACGUAUGUACAGUUCCAAAGUAAAAUUAAACGAUGUUGUUGUAAUCAGCGCUGUACGUACUCCGAUGGGCUCAUUCCUUGGCUCAUUGUCAAAAAUUUCAGCAACAAAACUUGGCGCCGUAGCAGUGCAAGCAGCUAUUGAAAGAGCCAAUGUUGCUAAAGAACAAGUCAAAGAAGUAUAUAUGGGCAAUGUUUGUCAAGGUUUCCUAGGUCAAGCACCGGCAAGACAGGCUACGUUAUUCGCAGGUCUUCCAAAAUCAACAAUAUGUACUACAGUAAAUAAAGUCUGUGCAAGUGGCAUGAAAAGUGUUAUGCUGGCUGCUCAGUCUCUGCAAUGUGGUCAUCAAGAAAUCGUUUUAGCUGGUGGUAUGGAAUCCAUGUCCAAUGUACCAUAUUACUUAUCCCGUGGCGAAACAUCAUAUGGUGGAUUGAAACUCGAGGAUGGUAUUGUAUUCGACGGAUUAACCGAUGUCUACAAUAAAUGCCACAUGGGUAAUUGUGCUGAGAGCACGGCUAAAAAGUUAAAUAUCUCUCGCCAACAACAGGACGAAUACGCUAUUAGUAGUUACAAACGUAGUGCGGCAGCUUACGAAACUAACGCGUUUAAAGAUGAAUUGAUACCCGUAAGCGUGCCUCAGAAGAAGGGUAAACCAGAUGUGAUAUUCAGCGAAGACGAGGAAUAUAAAAAGGUCAACUUUGAGAAAUUUUCCAAAUUGAACACUGUUUUCCAGAAAGAUAAUGGCACAGUUACUGCUGGAAAUGCAUCCACUUUAAACGACGGUGCUGCUGCGUUAGUUUUGACGACCAGCGAAGUUGCCCAGAGACUGAAUCUUAAACCCUUGGCCAGAAUUGUCGCUUUCCAAGACGCGGCAACAGAUCCUAUAGAUUUCCCAAUUGCACCAGCUCUUGCAGUGCCAUCGCUACUUGAGAACGCCGGAGUUAAUAAAAACGAUAUCGCUCUUUGGGAAAUCAACGAAGCAUUCAGUGUGGUAGUUGUAGCAAAUCAGAAAUUACUCGAUAUCGAUCCUGCCAAGAUAAACGUUCACGGUGGAGCUGUUUCACUCGGACAUCCUAUAGGCAUGUCAGGCGCACGUAUUGUAACACACUUGGUCCAUACUCUCAAAGCUGGUGAGAAGGGUGUUGCAUCGAUUUGUAACGGUGGUGGCGGUGCGUCAUCGAUCCUAAUUGAGAAAUUGUAAGUUCGUAAAUAGUGUAAUCACACAGCUACGCCGUUUUAUAAACUGAAACUUAGCGUCCAAUGGUUCGCUCAAGUUAGAAUAUUUAUCGGGAUAUUUGAGCGCCGAAGUAAUAUUGACGGAGUGUAUGGAAAAAUACGAGUUAUUUCUAUGUUAUGAAAUGUUGUUAUAUUUUUUAAGCAGAUAUGUACAUGUAUACAAACAUUUUAUAUAUUUGAUCUUAUUCUAUGUAUAAAUUGUACGAUUUUUCUAUAUUUUUUAACAUACAUAUAUGUACAUAUAGGGUGUCUUAGAACCAUGGAGACAAACUUCAUGACAGUGUAGAAUGAAUUAAGGUGAAUAUAAAAGUUCUUUUAUUAUUUUGCAAAUAAAUAAACACAAAUUUUUAAGUUAUUAAUUAAAGGAACCUCCAUACAUGGCUAUUUUCAAUAAUUAAUAACUUGAAAUUUUGCGUAUUUGCAAAAUGGUAGGUGACUUUUUGGUUCAUCUCAGGCCGUUCUACGUUCUCAUGAAAUUUGUCCCCGUGGAAUUGAGACACCCUAUAUAUAUACAUUAGGGUGUAUAUAUAUAUUUACAUAUAGAGACUUGAUUAUAUUAUAGAAAUAAAUAUUUGUACAUUGGCAGUUCGAUCGAUUUUAUUGACCUUUUAACUUCGAUAUAAAUAUGACGGAAAAAUUUCUCAGUAGGAAAGGAUUAUUAUAUAAUUUCUAGGUAUCAUCCGGUAUC